AUGUCGAUGCGUAAACGCACGAAAAAGCUAAAUAUUUCGAUGCCAACAAAUUUUGAGCAUCGUUAUCAUGCAGGAUAUGAUCCAGUUACUGGUCAGUACUAUGGGUUGCCAAAGCAGUGGGAAGCCAUCAUUGGAAUAACGUCUAAUAGGCGUGGUCGUCGGCGACCUAUGAUUGAUCCUAGUUGUAUUACUCCUAUGGAAAUUGCAGAAAUAAAGACACUUGUUCGUGGCGAUCUUCCACAGCAAUCCCAAAAAUGGUAUAGUGAUCCUCGAAAUGAUUUAAAGAAUUAUGUGCAAAUUGGAGAAGGUUCUACAGGUAUUGUCGUUACAGCAUCACAGGUUUCAACUGGGAGAAAAGUUGCUGUGAAAAAAAUGAAUAUCUUGAAGCAACAGCGAAGAGAAUUACUAUUUAAUGAAGUGGUAAUUAUGAGGGAUUACCAACAUCCAAAUGUUGUUGAAAUGUAUGGGUCAUAUUUAGUUGGUGAUGAAUUGUGGGUAUUGAUGGAGUACAUGGAAGGCGGAGCACUGACUGAUAUAAUUACUCAGACCAGGAUCGACGAAUCUACAAUAGCUACUAUAUGUGUUCAGUGCUUAUUAGCCUUGGAAUAUUUGCAUUCCAAAGGUGUCGUUCACCGCGAUAUCAAAAGCGACUCUAUAUUACUUACUAGAGAUGGCGUGGCAAAAAUUUCUGAUUUCGGCUUCUGUGGCCAGCUGUCAAGUACUGUACCACAACGGCAUAGUCUAGUUGGAACACCGUAUUGGAUGUCUCCUGAGGUAAUCAGCAAGUUACCUUACGGUACUGAAGCUGAUAUCUGGUCAUUAGGUAUAAUGGUCAUUGAAAUGAUAAACGGCGAACCACCGCUUUUUGAUGUACAGCCAUUACAGGCAAUGAAAAUGAUUCGCGAUAAUCCUCCUAUAAAUACUAUUGAAACUGCAAAUGUUUCACCUGAAUUGACAUCAUUUAUUUCACUAAUGUUAGUUCGCGAUGUCCGAAAACGUGCUACUGCUUCUCAGCUGCUGAGACAUGAGUUUCUGAAAAAAGCAUCUACUCCAUCAAUUUUGUGUUCCUUUAUGAAUAUUACUAGGAGUCAUUAA